AUGCUGCAUCAAAUCUUCAAGCCUUUCGUCCAAGUGGACGACUCUGCCGCCCGGGAGUAUCAGGGCCUUGGGCUGGGAUUGGCUAUUGCGCAAUCGCUUGUGCGGCUUCUGGGCGGCGAGGGGAUACAUAUUGAGAGCGAGCCGGAUAAAGGGUCGUGUUUCGCGUUUACCCUUCCUUUUGAGGUGUGGAGAGGGGAGGCGAGGGGUGGAAGGGAGAAGAGGAGGGGAAGGGAGGGUGAGAUUGUGGGAGGGGAGGGAGAGAGGAAGGUGGAGGGAGAGGGAGGAUCGGGGAGAGAGGUUCUCGAGGGGGGGUUCGGGGAUAAUGGCGGAGGGAGGGGCAAGCGAGCAAGGAUAGUUGAGGAGAGAUUAGAUGCGGGGGAGGAGGUGGGUGGAGGAAUGUGGGGAGAGGUGCAGGGAGGGGAGUGGGGAGAAGAGGGAAGUGAUGAGAUGGAGGAGGAGAGAGGGAAGAACAGAGGGGAGGGGAGGGGGGGAGUAGCGAUUGAGCCUCUCUCACACGACCCUGAAGUGCAAGCCCAGGGCCAUGGGCCUGCACCUCCUGGCAGCAGAUGGGACCACUGCAGCUACAGCAGCGCUGUAGCGGGUGCGUCCUCUCUCAGGAGUUCCCAAGGAGCAAAUGCAGCCACCGAAGGAAGAGCAGCUGUUGCAGUGGGAGCAGCAGCUGUGUCAACAGAAACCUCUAAUGCACAUCAAGCAACGGGUGCUGGGCGACAUGGCGUGGUGGUAGGCAGCGAGGCAGUGAAUCGCAGUGUGUUACAGCCAGUGGCAGCGGCGGCAACAGCACCAACAGCAGCCGCCGUAGCAGGUGUAGCAACUGUAACACGCGGCAAUAAGGCAGGGCCGGCAGGCACGGCGGGUGCAGGAAAGACAGGCGCGGGGCUGAAGUGCCUUGUGGUGGACGACAACGCAGUGAACCGCAGCGUGCUGCAGCGGCUGCUGCGCUCGCUCGGAGCAGAGCAGCUGGUGUUGGCCCGCAACGGCGCAGAGGCAGUAGCGGUGUGUGAGAAGGAUGGAGAGGGGUUGGAUGUGGUGUUUAUGGAUCUGCACAUGCCUGUCAUGGAUGGGUUUGAGGCGUCAACGCGGAUUCUCGGGCUUUGGAGGAGUCGGUAUGGGUCUGAUGCGGUGCCGCGGACUAGUAGCAUGUCGCAGCAACAGCAGCAGCAAGUUCAAGCAGUGCAGCCCUUGCAGCCCCAGCAGGUGCAGCUGCAGCAGCAAGAUUAUUCAUUCCGGUACAGGCCGCUGCUUGUUGCAAUCACGGCAAGUGCAUUGGAGGAGGAGGAGGAGAAGUGUAGGAAGGUGGGAAUGGAUUUCUUUCUCACUAAACCAGCCUUGCUGAGUGAGGUGGCAUCUUUGUCGUUCUAA